AUGUCCUGUGGGUCAUCCGGCCUGAAGACUGGGGAGAGGGCGGAGGAGGGGUACGGAGGAGGGCAGAGGAGGAAGGCCUCAACAUCUCAAAGGCUGGGGAGGGAGGAGAGAAUGGGAGGAGAGAAUGGGAGGAGAGAAUGGGAUGAGAGAAUGGGAGGAGAGAAUGGGAGGAGAGAAUGGGAGAAGGGGGAGGAGGAGGAGAAGGAGGAGGAGGAGGAGGAGGAGGAGGAGGAGGAGGAGGAGGAGGAGGAGGAGGAGGAGGAGGAGGAGGAGGAGGAGGAGGAGGAGGGAGGGGGGGAGGGGGGAGAAGGUGGGGGGAGGAGGAAGGGGGGAGGAUGGGGAAGCAUCAGGCGGAGCACGGGGGGAAAUGGGGGAACAUGGGGGAAACAUGGGGGCCACAUGAAGUGGCCCUGGAGGAGGCAUUGGGAGAACAUGGAGGAACAUGGGGAGACCAUGGCUGAACAUGGGGAGAACAUGGUUGAACAUGGGGAGGACAUGGUUGAACAUGGGGAGAACAUGGUUGAACAUGGGCGAGCGUGGGGAACCGGGAACAUGGAGGAACAUGGGGGGAACAUAUGGGGAACAUUGGGGGAGGUGGGGAAGGGACAUCCCUUUCAAUCUCCCGCCUUUUCCAUAAAAGCCUCACCUCUCCAUUCUCUCUCGCUAUAA